GGAAUUUGAUGACGUUCGGGGCGAGAGGGGCCCGGCUGCCCUUGAUCGCAUCGAUCGCUCGCGUUGCGCGUCGCAUCGUGCUCUCCGCCAUUUUCUCGUUAAACUCUCCGCUCGGCGCUCCCUCCCGAUCCAGCUCCGCCUGUUUCCUUCUCCGGACUGCGGCCUUCGCCUCUUCUUCCUCCGACGCUGGUGUCCAUGGCGGCGAUCUCUGUUCCGUGCCCUAAGUGCUCUGCAAUCCCCCGCAGUGGUUUGGGGAGCCGAGAUUCGAGGACGAUGGCGAGUCUUUCGGCCUCGUUUCUGAAGCCGGGUCCCUCUUCGAUUCCAGGAUCUACUCGGUUUCCUUCGUUGAAGGAACGGAAUCAUGGACAUUUCCCUAUUUUAAAGGCUGUUCAGGGUACAUCAAAUUGUUCCCCUUUGGUAUCAACAAUGUCAGUCACUCAACUUCCAAAGAGUGAAAAUGCAGAUUUGCUGGAGGAAUCUUCUGGUCAACAUGGCAUGAUAGAUACCACUAUGUCUACUUUUAUGUCUGAAGUUUCAAGUCUUGUCGAGCUUGUAGAUUCAAAGGAUAUUGCAGAGUUGCAUCUAAAGAAGGAUGGAUGUGAAAUUCUAAUAAGGAAAAAAGAAGCCUUACCUCAGCCAGAAAUUGUUACUUCCCCCAUGAUGUUGCAAAGUCAACCCAUAUUUCAGCCUCAACCAUCUGUGACCCCUAUUGUCUCUCCACCCCUCCCACCUGUCCCACCCACACCAUCUAAAGCACUUCCAGCUCCAUCAGCAAAUCCUUCAACUACUGUAAGCAAGUCAUCUCUUCCAGCUCUCAAAUGUCCUAUGGCUGGCACAUUUUAUCGUUGCCCUGCUCCAGGGGAACCUCCAUUUGUUAAGGUGGGUGACAAAGUCCAAAAGGGCCAAGCUGUUUGCAUCGUUGAGGCUAUGAAAUUGAUGAAUGAAAUUGAGGCUGAUAAAUCUGGAACCGUAGUUGAGAUACUCGUCGAAGAUGCCAAGCCAGUGAGCGUGGACACGCCUCUACUUAUCAUCCAACCAUGAAGUGAUAUAUACUCGGAGUUCUGGCUGAUCUAAUACGUAUAUUCAUUUACGUACACCACUUCUUUUUACUUGGCAUACUCAUUUACGAGAAUAAUUCUAAGAACCUAGUAAAAUGUAAUCUUCCAUGAAUUGUCAGUGUUUGUUUUCACUAAAAAUAAGAAAAGAACUAUUUCUUCGGA